AGGGAACCGGUCCAGGAUGAAUUGGGGUUUCGUUGCCAGCUGACUCUCUCUCUCUCUCCCCCCGCCCUCUCUCUGUGCUUUGCAGUUGUAACAAUGGGAGAUGGCAGCAGAGGCAACAGCAGCAAUAGCAAUAGCAGCGGUGGUAGUAAUCGGCCGGAAUGGUUGCAACAGUACGAUCUGAUCGGGAAGAUCGGAGAGGGCACGUACGGGCUGGUGUUCUUGGCGAAGAUCAAGUCCAAUCGGAGCAAAUCUAUUGCUAUCAAGAAGUUCAAGCAGUCCAAGGACGGCGACGGCGUCUCUCCCACCGCCAUCCGUGAAAUCAUGUUGCUUCGGGAGAUAAACCAUGAGAAUGUGGUGAAGCUUGUGAAUGUGCAUAUCAAUCAUGUUGACAUGUCACUCUAUUUGGCUUUUGAUUAUGCUGAGCAUGACCUUUACGAAAUUAUUAGACAUCACAGAGAUAAAGCUAACCAACCCAUCAAUCCGUACACUGUUAAGUCAUUGCUAUGGCAGCUGCUUAAUGGGCUGAAUUAUCUCCACAGUAACUGGAUUAUACAUCGAGAUCUAAAGCCAUCGAAUAUCUUGGUCAUGGGUGAGGGAGAAGAGCAAGGAGUUGUUAAAAUUGGUGACUUUGGACUUGCUAGAAUUUACCAAGCUCCCUUGAAGCCAUUAUCAGACAAUGGGGUUGUUGUAACCAUUUGGUAUCGGGCACCAGAGCUACUUCUUGGGGCAAAGCACUAUACAAGUGCUGUUGAUAUGUGGGCUGUUGGAUGCAUAUUUGCUGAGCUUCUGACUCUGAAACCACUCUUUCAAGGGCAAGAAGUAAAAACCCCAUCAAACCCAUUUCAGCUUGACCAACUAGAAAAAAUAUUUAAAGUCUUAGGUCAUCCUACAGAAGAAAGGUGGCCAACACUUGUCAAUCUUCCUCACUGGCAAUCAGAUGCUCAGCACAUCCAAGGGCGUAAAUAUGACAAUCCUGGACUUCAUAAUGCUGUUCGUCUCCUCCCAAAAAGUCCUGCAUACGAUCUACUUUCAAGGAUGCUGGAAUAUGAUCCCCGAAAGCGAAUAACAGCUGCACAAGCUCUUGAACAUGAGUACUUUCGGCUUGACCCACUUCCGGGACGCAAUGCUCUGGUAUCGCCUCAACCUGGAGAGAAAAUUGUGAAUUAUCCAAUUCGUCCAGUGGACACAACAACUGAUUUUGAAGGAACGACUACUCUACAACCUCCUCAAUCGGCAUCAACAGGAAAUGCUGUUUCCGGGAACAUGCCAGGGCCCCAUGUCAUGCCAAGUAGAUCUGUACCUCGGCAAAUGCCUAUGGUUCCCAUGCAAAGAAUGCAACCUCAGGGCAUUGCAGCUUACAAUCUCACUUCCCAGGCUGGGAUGGGUGGUAUGAAUCCUGGCAACAUGCCAAUGCAGCGGGGUGUUGCAGGCCAGGCUCACCCACAGCAACAGAUGAGAAGGAAAGAUGGGGGAAUGGGAAUGCCAGGAUACCCUCCACAACAGAAGUCAAGGCGCUUUUGAGAUGAAUAAUGGAAGUGAAGAUGCCUUAUUUAAAAGGGAUCAUCGGCAGAAAAUCAAACUGAAAAGAGUUCAACCAGUACUUCUGGCCGGGAAGCGAAGUUGAGGCAGUUCCUUCAGAUGCCCUCACAGCUGUGUGCCUGUGCCUCGUAGCAUCUCAAAACAUCAGAAUUUGUUGUAGAAAGAUCAGAAUCAACAAACUUAUUCACUCUGUGUUGGGCCAACAGUAACCUUUGGUAUCAUAUAAAAGUUCCAUCUUAAUUAAACCUUUGGAUUAGUUCCCAAUUUUACUUGUUGCAUAGCUAAUCGGAAUUUAGAAAGCUGCUAUCCUUAGUGCGAGGUAUUGGUGUUAUGUCCUUUACUACAUAUAAGAAAUAGGGAAUUAAGUAGUUUGUCUGCUGUUCCUUCU